GUGAAGACAGACACAAAGGCUCCUGAAUCCUUCUCACCUGAACACACACCUGAGUCUUCUUACAGGUUCAGGUGUCCUGGUCCAGGUGAGUUCCAGUGUGCUUCGACUGGCCUGGUGUUCGUCAUGGCUCAGGAGGCGGAGCUUCUGUACAGGACGGUCCCUUGGGAUGAGAGUCUCCUCCAAUCAGCUGGCAAGCAGGCAGCAGGGCCGCUGUUUGACGUGAAGAGUUCUGUUGAAGCUGCCGUCUGCCAGCUCCACCUGCCGCACAGUGAGACAGAGGAGGCGCUGCUCCUGGACGGCCUGUUGUCUGUCGUCCACAUCACUGAUGAAGGCCUGAGCGUCUUGGAGCCGCUGGAGGUCACACCCACUCACGUGGUGGUGAAGGUGCCUCACCUCUCUCUCCUCGGCAUUAUCUUCGAUCCAUUGAAAAGGCUUCUAGGGUGGACGAUAAAUGGCCAAAUUCUGGUGUUCCUACGACCCCCGGACAGAGUGGAGCAAAUACUGGAUGUACAUCUUCUGCAGAACAACGUCCUUGUGAAGGAGGUUGCUGAACAACAAGGAGGUGCUGUGAACAUCAGACUCUCCUCCAACUGUGAGCUGCACAUUCAUCACAGAUACAGUGUGCACUGUGAACCUGAGGGCUUCCUCACACACCCUGAGAGUAAAAAAUUUGAAUCCAGGUUUGGACCAAAUUACCAUCCGACAUUUCUAGUUUACCUGACGAGGAGCACAGAGAAAGUGGUGUUGAAGGUCAAGGACCAAGAUGGAAAAGUCGUCUGGUCUUGUCCCGUAUCACUGGAAGGUCCAAGGCGGCAAUUACCCCAGAGAAAUGUCCCAGCAGAGAGCAGCAUCCCAGCAGAGAGCAGCGUCCCAGCAGACAGCAGCGUCCCAGCAGAGAGCAGCGUCCCAUCAGAGAGCAGCGUCCCAUCAGAGAGCAGAGACCUUCUGGAUAAACUCCUUGAGUCUGGAGUUAUCAGUGAAUCUGAAAUGGAGUCAGCCAGAACCAAAUCCCGAAAUGACGGAGCACUUGAGGUGCUGGACGUGGUGCGAAAAAAAGGAGCUGCAGCCAGCAGGGUUCUGAUCGACGCUCUCCGUGAGCUGGACCCGUAUCUUUACAGAGAGCUCAACUUGAGCUGA